CAAAUUUCGGUUCAGUGUUACUGGUUUACCUGUCAGACUCCAGAAGAUGAAUGAUUUUGAGGAAGAGGAGGACGGAGCAGAGGGUCUAAUAUCCAGCUGUCGGUCUAUGAAGAGUGACUGGUCUAAAGGUAUUCCUGUAAGCUUCAGUAAUGAACCUGGACCCUCAGACACAAAAGAGAGGAAGAGGAGGGAUGUUUCUGUGGAGGAGCAGCUGUCCUGCUGUUCUUUGUGUCAGGACGUCCUGAAGGAUCCAGUCUCUAUCAGUUGUGGAGACUGGUUCUGCAGACAGUGCAUCACCUCAUACUGGGACCAGUCUGCUUUAUCAGGAGCGUCCUUCUGUCCCCAGUGUGGAGGAAAAUCCAGAACAAGCUGUGGACUGCAGACAGACCGUCAGACCAGCACUGUACAAUCAGAUAGUGGUCUGCAGGAGGUUUUAAAUGCACAUAAGAUCAAUCUGAGGAGGAGAUGUGAAUGUGUGACUGAAGGAACUGAUGAAGCAGGAAGUGAAACCCUCCUCAACAGGAUCUACACUGAGCUCUACAUCACAGAGGGACAGAGCGAAGAGGUUAAUACCCAACAUGAGGUGAGGCAACUUGAAACAGCUUCCAAGAUGAAGACCAUUCAUGACACUCCAAUCAAGUGUCACGACAUCUUUAAAGUCUUACCUGACCAACAGAAAGACAUCAGAGUCGUUCUGACAAACGGUGUUGCUGGCGUUGGAAAAACCUUCUCAGUGCAGAAAUUCACUCUGGACUGGGCAGAGGGCUUAGAAAACCAAGAUAUCAGUCUUGUGAUUCUGCUUUCGUUCAGAGAGCUGAACUUGAUCAAAGAUGAGCAGUACAGUCUCCUCAUGCUGAUCCAUGUUUUCCAUCCAACAUUACAGAAGGUCACAGCAGAGAAGCUUGCUGUCUGUAAAGUUUUGUUCAUCUUUGACGGCCUGGAUGAAAGCAGACUUUCACUGGAUUUCAAGAACAAUGAUGUUGUGUCUGAUAUCACACAGAAGUCAUCAGUCAGUGUGCUGUUGACAAACCUCAUCGAGGGUAAUCUGCUUACCUCGGCUCUCGUCUGGAUAACUUCCCGACCUGCAGCAGCCAAUCAGAUCCCUCCUACAGGUGUUGAUAGGGUAACAGAAGUACAAGGCUUUACUGAUGCCCAGAAGGAGGAGUACUUCAGGAGAAGAUUCAGUGAUGAAGAGCUGUCCAGAAAAAUCAUCUCACACAUCAAGACAUCCAGGAGCCUCCACAUCAUGUGUCACAUCCCAGUCUUCUGCUGGAUCAUUGCUAGAGUUUUGGAGCACAUGUUGACUACAGACCAGAGAAGAGAGCUGCCAAAGACCCUGACUGACAUGUACUCACACUUCCUGCUGGUUCAGACACAGAGGAAGAAGCACAAGUAUGAUGAGGGACAUGAGACGAGUCCACAGGAGCUGAUUGAGACUGACAGGGAAGUUCUUCUGAAGCUGGGGAGACUGGCUUUUGAACAUCUGGAGAAGGGAAACAUCAUGUUCUACCAAGAAGACCUGGAGCAGUGUGGUCUUGAUGUCACAGAGGCCUCUGUGUUAUCAGGAUUUUGUACAGAGAUCUUCAAAAGAGAGAGUGUGAUCUUCCAGAAAACAGUCUACUGCUUUGUUCAUCUGAGCGUUCAGGAGUUUCUGGCUGCAGUCUACAUGUACCACUGUUACACCAACAGCAACACAGAGACUCUGGAGGACUUCCUGGGAUAUAAGAAGAAGAAGAAGAUGAUGAUGAUGAUGAUGAAGAUGAUGAUUAUGAAGAUGAUAAUUCAUUUUCCAUCUCCGGAUGACUUCCUGAGGAGAGCCAUGAAGAAAUCUCUCAGAAGUAAAAAUGGCCACCUGGACCUGUUUGUUCGCUUCCUUCAUGGCCUCUCUCUGGAGUCCAACCAGAGUCUCUUAGGAGGCCUGCUGGGUCAGACAGAGAACAGACCAAUAAUCAUCCAGAGAGUCAUCAACAAGCUGAAGAAGAUGAACACUUGUGAUAUCUCCCCUGAUAGAAGCAUCAACAUCUUCCACUGUCUGAUGGAGAUGAACGACCACUCAGCACAUUGGGAGAUACAAAAGUUCCUGACGUCAGAGAACAGGUCAAGGAAGAAACUCUCUGAUAUCCAAUGCUCAGCUCUGGCCUACAUUCUGCAGAUGUCAGAGGGGGCUUUGGAUGAGUUGAACCUGAAGAAGUACAACACAUCAGAGGAGGGAGCACGGAGACUGAUCUCAGCUGUGAGGAACUGCAGAAAGGCUCAACUUUCUCACUGUGGACUCUCGGAGACUCACUGUGAAGUUGUGGCCUCAGCUCUGAAGUCCAACCCCUCCCAUCUGAGAGAGCUGGAUCUGAGCUCUAAUGACCUGCAUGAUUCAGGAGUGAACCUGCUGUCUGCUGGACUGGAGAGUCCAAACUGUAGACUGGAGACUCUGAGAUUGUGGGACUGCAAGGUGUCAGAGAUCAGCUGUGAUUCUCUGGUCUCAGCUCUGAAGUCCAACCCCUCCCAUCUGAGAGAGUUGGAACUAAGUCACAACAUCCUGCGGGAUUCAGGAGUGAAGCUGCUGUGUGAUUUUCUGAAGAGUCCACACUGCAGACUGAAGACUCUGAGAUUGAUGUCAUGCAGUUUGUCCGAGAUAAGCUGUGCUUCUCUGGUCUCAGCUCUGAAGUUCAACCCCUCCCAUCUGAGAGCAUUGCAGCUGAGUGACAACAAGCUGCAGGAUUCUGGAGUGAAGCUGCUGUGUGAUUUUAUGGAGAUUCCACACUGUAGACUGGAGACUCUGAGAUUGUGGCGCUGCAGUUUGUCAGAGAUGAGCUGUGCUUCUCUGGCCUCAGCUCUGAAGUCCAAUCCCUCCCAUCUGAGAGAGUUGGAUCUGAGUGACAACAAGCUACAGGAUUCGGGAGUGAAGCUGCUGUGUGAUUUUCUGGAGAGUCCACGCUGUAGACUCGAGACUCUGAGUUUAAAAGGCUGCAGUUUGUCAGAGAUCAGCUGUGCUUCUCUGGACUCAGCUCUGAAGUCCAACCCCUCCCAUCUGAGAGAUCUGGAUCUGAGAGGAAACAACCUGCAUUAUUCAAUCAUGAGGCUACUGUCUGAUCUGAAGAAGAGUCCACACUGUAGACUGGAGUAUCUGAGCUGGAAGUGAUGAUCUCUAUAAGAAUGUGAGUGAACAUCCAGGAGUGUGUGUUGAGAGAGGAUCAGCUGUAUCCUGAUGAUCCAUCUGGACCGGAGUCUGGAUCUGGAUUUUGUCAUCUUCACUUAAAUCUCUUAACUGACUACAAACUGAUUAUCUGUGGAUUUCAUUGAAGUCAGCACUUUACAGAUUUGUGAUACAUGAGCUGUUUGAUGCAGAAAAGACGUAAAAAAAACAGGUGUUAUAAGUCACUCUGACCCUGGGCCCAUAUUUAUCAAGUGUCUCAGAAUCACACUGAGAGUUAACUGAGGACUAAAACUAACUGAGCAAAAGAGAAUUUGCUCUGACUUUCAGCAGGAGAAGGAUUACUCCGGGGAGAGAGUGAGACGUCGCUGUUUUACCACAGUCAGAGCAGGAAAGUAGAAAUAAUGAUGAUGUGUUGUAGUUUUCUCACAGUCUCGGCUGGAAAUAUUAAACAGUGAUAAUUUGGUAUAUUAUGUAUAUAGGCAGGUAACCAGGCAAGUAACUUAACAAGGUUAUGUUAAAAAACUAUGAUGCCAAAAUUCAUCAUGAUAUGCUGUGUGGUUUCACAGCCUGUAAUAGUGCUGCAUCUUGCACAUGUUGCACAGAUGCAUGUUACAAACCCUCUCUUUGAAGAAUAUCUUCUCUUCCACUGUCUAAUUUCUCUUUCAACUACACCCCAAGUUAACUUCUGUUCUCUACAUGAAGGUAAAUACACCACAACAAUAUUAACAUUGUUAAGGUAUAAAGCAUUCUGUAACGUAAGUUUUGUACACUUCUCAAGGGAGGGUGGUGGGAUGAUGACCCAUAUGUUAUUGAAUCUGCAUUCUUUGUUUUGGAUAUCUGUGGAUCUGUUGGAUUUUUUUUGCCUAACCACUGGACCACCAGGACACGCCAUCUGAGUUUUUGGUUAUGCUUUUUUUUAAAGGUCCAUGAUUCUUAUAAUUUCUUAUUAAUUUCUGAAAAGUUUCCAGGAAUUAAUUGUUUGUGUAAUUUGGUACUGUUUAUAGAUUUCCAUUUCGACUUGAGUUAAUAUUUAUUCAUCAGUCAUUUAUUAUUGGAAACUUUAUUUUUUCUGGAGAUGAAACAUGUUUGCAUGUUUGGCUGACCUGCUGUGAACGGACUAAAAGACCUCAGCUUAUGGUAGCUUAGCAAUUGGGACUGAUUGAUUGGAAGUGUACCAAUUGAACACUGUCUCUAUUUUACCUAUUUUUGGUUAUUUACGGGAUAUUAACUAAAUUUUUUCUUUUUUUCCUGUUUUCUUUAUUCCUUAAAGAGUCCCUCUUGAGGUGUUUUAAG